GGGGAGUUGAAACACCGUGUCAGACGAUGCAAGCCAUCUUCCCCAUGAGGCGUCAGUUUUAGGGGGAUUUUGAAAAAUAACCUGAGCUUUCAAAGAUUCACGCUGGGACGUAAGAGAGGACAGAAAUCAACACUGGACGUCCGAAACAAAGAGGUUUAUUCCACAGAGCCGGGAACGCCCUUGUCCCCGCCCCCUAGCGAAAAUCCCGCAUGCCAUUGGUCAAACUGCUGCACUACGCUCCUGUGAUUGGCUGGCGGCCUCGUCACUGAGCGUCUGUUGUUCCUACUCGCCUCGGAGCCAGAGCGCCUGUGACAGUGGGCUGCUUUGAUUCAUGCUGUUGUGGAGCCUCAUUUUGGGAUUUGGAGAACAAUUAAUGCGGCCAGAGCAGAGCGCAUGAAGGAUGAGAAGAUGAAUGUGGAGGCUCUAAGCAGAGCAGAGCUGCUGACUCUCCUCAGUAUCUUGGAGGGCGAGCUGGAGGCCCAGGAUGUGGUCAUACAUGCCCUCAGGGCGCAGCACAGAGAUGCUUUCGUCCAGGAGCGUUACGGCCAGUACGACCUCAGCGAUCCGUUCCUGGCCCUGCAGCGGGACAGCGAGUCCGAGGAGCGCCAAAACACGCUCACCCAGCCUGAUGCGCACCUGCACGGCCGGGCGGUGGGCCCAAACCCUCUGGCUGUGCUUAAACUGGUCAUGGCGCACUGCAAGAGGAUGCAGGAGAGGAUGAUGGGACAGUUGGCUGCUGCUGAGAGCCGACACAGGAGGAUGAUAGCUGAUCUGGAGGAGGAGAAACGACGGCAUGCCCAGGACUCCGCGCACAGUGAUGAUUUCGCCUUCAUGCUGCAGACAGAAAGAGACAAACUGCUGCAACAGUUGGAGGUGGAGCGUGCAACAGUGUGGAGGUUAGAGAAGGAACAAGCUCAGGCAGUGAGCCAGGUGGAGGAGUCACUGUCCCAGCAGCAGCAGCUCUCCUCAUCUCUGACUCUGGAGCUCCAGAAAGCCAGCAGCCUGGCUCAGGAGGAGGCUCAGAAGGUGUCCCACCUUAGCACCUUGCUCCAAGAGGAGACCAGCGCCCUGGAGAAGCUCCGGGGGCUUCUUGAAGACGAGAAGAGCAGAGCGGCACAGCUAGAGGCCGGGCGUGAGAGGCAGCUGGCCGAGUUUGACGCAGAGCGGCAGCAGAUGAAAGCCAGGAUCAGCAAAGAGGAGGAGAGGAGCAGGGAGCUCGAGAGGCAGCUGGAGGAGCUGAGGAAGAGGUUGGCUGAAACUGGAGGAUGUAAAGAAGAGGUAAAGGAGGCCGUGACAGAGGUGAAACAGUCAGCCUCCAAGAUGAUGGUGGUGUCCACCUCCGUUCAGACCGAGCCGGAUGGAAAAAUCACUCCUGUCGCUCCUAAAUCUGCCUCACUGUCAAAGGUCAAUGGCUGUCACGCUCAUAAAGAGACAGAGCCGACGCAGGAAGGGAGAGGAGCAGAAAAUGGAGGGGUGGUAGAGAAUGGGGGAGGAGUGCUUUUACAUUCUCCUCUUCACCCUCACCCUCAUCCUCACUCUCCCUCCAGCACAGCCUCCUCUUCCCUCUCCUCUUCCCCUAUUUCCUCCCCGGUCCUUGCCAAGCGCCUGGGCAGCCCAGGCUUCCAUCAGUCCUCCUACCAGGCUGGAGUCAACCAGCGAUUCCAGGCCGCCAGGCACAAGUUCCAGAGCCAGGCUGAGCUGGAGCAGCAGCAAAACGGCCCGCUCUCUCCGAGAGACCUCUCCCCCACCACCUCCUCCAUGCCUCCCCCACCAGAGCACAGCACAGCUAAGCAGCUGGCCCGCAACACUGUCACUCAGGUGCUGUCCCGCUUCACCAGCCAGCAGGCUGGCGUCAAGCUGGCACCAAUCAGCAGCUCUCCAUUUGGUACAGACUACCGCAAUGUAGCAGCGUCUCCUCCCGGGGGGAGGUCACCUUCCUCAGGGCCUCUUUCUCCAGGCAUCCGCUCCCCCCUCACUCCUCGCUCAGACAGGAUCCACCCGCCUCCGAUCCCUCCCAAGAAGCCCGGCAUGAGUCCGACUCCGGGCUCCCCGAGUCACUCUGCUCGGACCAGCCUGUUCCCAGAGCUGACAGGGAACUGUGGACACAGUAACAGUGGGCAGGAGGGGGCCAAGGAGCCAGACCUGGUUUUAUCUUCUAGUAGCUAACUAAACGAGUCAGGCCUAAGUUCAUAGUUACUGUAACAUUCAUCUCUGCCAGCCCUUAUACCCACUUCAUGGCGCACACAUAAUGAAUAGCAUCGACACUACAAAGCUGGGCUGGUUCAAACAGAUGAAUCCAGGAGUUUGUCGCAGCCCUACCUCUAUACGACAACCUGAGAAACAAUCGGAGAAGAGCUAUUUGAAAUAAAAUAUAGUAUAUUAUGGAUUUUCUUUAUUUGAAUUAAUGUUUCUAUUAACGUUCCUGUGUUUUUUCCUUUAUAUCAAAUUUUUGUAAGUUUGAAGUUAGAAUGAAAGUUAGAAUGAAAAUAUUUAUGUUAUUUUCCACUUCAACCCUGUAUUAAGGGUGUUUAGAAACCCUAUAUAUAGAGAAACCAAGCUAAAGAAGAAAAUGUUAAUGAGAUUUUAUACCACAACACUCCUGUUCAUUUCCCUUAAUGCUCAAAUUGCCAGUCCUGUUAGAAUAAACAAAGACAACUUUAGUUAGAGGCAAAACUGUAUAGCAAGUAGAAGGGCAAAAAACAUAUGGAUGUAGAGUAUAGCAAAUGUAUAGCUAUCACCAUUUCACAAGAAACUAGUGGGUAGAUUUUAAAGGUUUUUCCAAUGAAUUCUUAUGCAGUUCCUGUGAUUGUCCAUGAAAACAAUAUACAACUGUACAAGUAGUUGACUAGUUUGAAGAAAUCUGUUGAUUCUCUAUGAAUGAAGAAUAUCACAUGCAUGUGCUGUUUUUGGUUUUGUUUUUUUCUAUUACACAAGUCACGACUACACUGAAUCUUAUCUUGAAAAGGGUCGGCACACUUUGUAUUACAUUACUGUAAGAUACCUAAUGUCUUCAAUUUCAAAUGUUUUGUUCAGGGAGUGCUAAUUUCUGCUCCACCCAAACCAAGGAGUAUGCAUCAUGCAUGUAUGAAAACCCUUUUACUCCAACAGUGAACAUAAUGGGGAGUACAGGUUUGUAUCUUGCUGCUGUAACUGUUUCUAUAUCUGUCCAAUAAUUGACUUAGUGUCGUGUCUAAUCCUAAUGCUGCUCUACACUAUGAGCAGUUAAUGUUUACCAUGCUUUCUGUGUUUUCUGGCUUUGAAACAAAGAACUGAUUGAAAGUCAUUAUUUUACCUAAUUAAUUAAAAACCUGUAGUUACACAUCACUUAUCUGUGAGAGGCAAUGUCCCUCAGCUGUCUCUAGUAAAUAUGCAUAUCAUGAACACCUGCAACAUCUAGUACUAUUUCAAAUAAAUUGCCCAUGCCUUAGA